UGCAUGUCAACCCAGUUCAGCGCAUAUACUAAAUCUUUUGAUAUCAUCUUCACUCCUGAAUCCUGUCUUUAUCCAAGUCUGUUGAAGUCAGCUCAACAAAAUCUGAGAUGGGUCAACUCCACAUCUUCAAAUCCUCUUCUUAUCGUCACACCAUUCCAUGAGUCUGAAAUCCAAGCAUCCAUACUUUGCAGCAGAAGACUUGGCCUGCAAGUUAGAGUCAGAAGCGGCGGCCAUGACUAUGAAGGGUUAUCUUAUCUGUGUCAGACCCCGUUCAUCAUUAUUGAUCUCUUCCAUCUUCGAGCAAUAGAGGUUGAUAUUGAAGAGGAAACGGCUUGGGUUCAGUCGGGUGCAACACUUGGUGAUCUAUACUAUGCUAUCGGCAAGAAAAGGGAGUUCAUAUUCCCAGCAGGGUUAUGUCCUACUGUUGGAGUUGGGGGGCACAUCAGCGGAGGAGGGUUUGGCACCCUGGUAAGGAAAUAUGGGCUUGCAGCGGAUAACGUCAUCGAUGCUUACUUGAUCGAUGUUAACGGAAGAAUUCUUGAUAGAGAAGCAAUGGGAGAAGACUUGUUUUGGGCUAUAAGAGGAGGUGGUGGAGCAAGUUUCGGAGUCAUUCUAUCCUGGAAAAUCAAGCUAGUUAGAGUUUCACCAAUAGUGACUGUUUUCACUGUUCCAAAAACAACAGAACAAGGUGCUAUCAAGCUUAUUCACAGAUGGCAAUACGUUGCAGAUAAACUAGAUGAAAACCUCUUUAUCAGACUCAUCAUUCAAAAUAUUGCUGGUGUUAACAGCACAAACUCAAACACAUUCCGAGUUAUCUUCGAGUCGCUGUUUCUUGGCAGAAUUGACGCACUUAUACCAUUAAUGAAUGAGAGCUUUCCGGAAUUGGGAUUGAAAGCUGAAGACUGCACAGAAAUGAGUUGGAUUGAAUCGGCUGUCUCUUUUGCUGCAUACCCCAAAGGAAGCCCUCCAGAGGUCUUACUUGACAAGACUCAACUAUACAAAGCUAAUUUUAAGGCAAAAUCUGACUUUGUGACAGAACCUAUACCUGAAGACGGACUUGAAGGAAUGCGAAAGAGAUUGUUAGAAGAAGAUAUAGGACUCGUGAUAAUGGAUCCUUACGGUGGAAAGAUGAAUAAAAUAUCAGAAUCAGGAAUUGCUUUCCCACAUAGGAAAGGUAAUUUAUACAACAUACAAUACAUGGUGAAGUGGGUAGAUAAUGGAGUAAGGGCAACUAACCGGCAUCUGCACUGGAUCAGGUCCCUCCAUAGGUAUAUGAAGCCCUAUGUUUCCAAGUCUCCAAGGGAUGCCUAUUUUAACUACAGGGACCUUGACUUGGGGACCAACAAAGAUGCUAAUACAAGCUACUCGGAAGCAAGUGUCUGGGGUUUAAAGUACUUCAAGGGCAACUUCAAGAACUUGGCCCUAGUCAAAAGCAAGGUUGAUCCUGGCAAUUUCUUCAGGAACGAACAGAGCAUCCCCUCAUAUGCAUAGCUGAAAGGCAAAACAAAUUCAUAGCUACCACCUACACAAAGAGGCAAUGGUGACACCUGGAUCCCCAUUUUGCCCCUUCAUGACAAUUUAAAAGCAA